GCCUUUUUAACACACUUGAACGCACACAUCCAGAAACAAGUGUCUGUUUUGACGGAGUGUAGGUUUCUGAUGACAUGAUGCGGCUAAUAUGACCUUAAUGCAAUAUUGUAGAACUGUUGGUGGAAGAAAAUGAUUGAAAUUAGGCAAAGGGCCUUUGUGAUGAUGGCGCAUUUCAUUACACUCUCCUUUGUUCUUCAUCAGGACAGGUCAGUGGUGGAAAUGUUUAAGCACUCUAGGGGUCGCACACAGCCAGGACUCUGCAGCUUUGGUCAAACAACUUCCUGUUGUUUGGGAUGGAGGAAUGUUAACGGCAUUUGUCAACCGGUGUGCAAUAAGUCAUGUGUUAACGGCGAAUGUGUGGGGCCAGGCAAGUGUUUAUGCUCCAAGGGGUAUAAAGGACCUCAGUGUGAUGAAGAUGUGAAUGAGUGCGGUUUCCUGGAGAGACCGUGUACCCAGCGCUGCAUGAAUACACACGGUAGCUAUCGCUGUUACUGUGAACCUGGAUACACACUCAAUGCAGAUGGAUGCACCUGCACCAGUGAGUCAUUUUAA